GAGAGAUCAGAAGGCACUGCACUCUUGAGCAGACGCUCCUUACCUGGAGCUCCAGGCUGAGAUAUGAUGUUUUCUCUUUGGUCGGUUGCUUUGAAUGCUUUGGGCCUUCUGUCUUUUCUGAGUCAAUGUGUAACGGCAGUGGAUAGACAAUAUUACAUUGCUGCAGUUAACAUUAAUUGGGAUUAUACAACAAAAGGAGCACAAAGUGUUGGUCCCACCUAUAAAAAGACAGUGUACAGGGAAUAUGACCCAGAUUUCAAAAAUGCUAAAACAACUCCAUGGUCAGGGCUGCUGGGACCAACACUCCGUGGCCAAGUUGGUGACACCAUCAUCGUCACGUUCAGAAACAUGGCGGAUCAUCCCUGUAGUAUCCAUUCACAUGGCAUUGCUUAUGGAAAACAGUCUGAAGGAUCGUUGUACUUUGACAACACGUCCCAGUUUGAGAAACAGGAUGAUGUCAUAAAUCCUGGAAAAGAGCAUACAUACUACUGGGAGGUAACUAAAGAUGUGGCCCCACAGGACGCCGAUCCCCCGUGUGUCACAUAUACUUAUUUCUCACAUAAUGAUAUUGUCAAGGACUACAACACAGGCCUGAUUGGUACUGUACUAAUUUGUAAAACUGGCAGCCUUGAUGAGUCUGGAAAUCAGGUUCAUUUCCAUCAAGAAUUCACACUGUUGUUUGGAGUCUUUGAUGAGAGCAACACCUGGUACAGCACAGGGGUUACACCACUUAAAGACCAUGUGAAAUACACAAUCAAUGGCUUUACCAAUGGCUCUGUCCCUGAUCUUAAUGUGUGUGCACAUUCCAAAGUAACCUGGCACCUAGUUGGUAUGAGUUCUGAGCCAGAGCUUUUUUCUGUGCACUUCAAUGGCCAGGUUCUACAGCAGAAUGGACACAAGGUGUCAUCAAUUGGUAUUAUCAGUGGUAUAGCUACCAGUGCAGAGAUGGUGGCCACCUACCCUGGUCGCUGGCUUCUGUCUUCUCACAUUAGCAAACACUUGGAAGCUGGGCUGCAUGGCUUUCUGGACAUUAAUAAAUGUGAAGAGUUUACUGCACCGAAGCGAAAGCUUACAAUUCAGCAAAAACGAGAGAGUCAAGAAUGGAUUUACUACAUUGCAGCUGAGGAGAUCAUUUGGGAUUAUGCCCCAAAUUUGCCAGAUAUUGUGGACAAGAAUUUUCGAUCCACAUACUUAAAACAGGGUGCAGGGCGGAUUGGUAAGAAAUAUAAAAAAGCUGUGUUCGCUCAGUACACAGAUGAUUCGUUUAAUGAAAGGGCAGAAUACAAGCAAAGGAAGAAGGAGUUGGGAAUUCUUGGUCCUGUGAUCAGAGCACAGAUCAGAGACAUAAUAAAGAUUGUGUUCAAAAAUAAAGCAUCACGUCCGUACAGCAUUUAUCCUCAUGGAUUAACCAUCGAUAAAGCAUCAGAAGGAGUCAAUUACCCUGACGGAGGUAACCAGAGCCAUGCAGUGCAACCAGGGGAGACUUACACAUAUGUGUGGCGAGUCAUUGAGCAGGACGAACCAUUAAACAGUGAUUCAAGGUGUCUCACCAGGAUGUACCAUAGUGCAGUAAACACUCCACGUGACAUUGCUUCAGGUCUUGUUGGGCCACUUCUUAUCUGCAAAAGCCAGUCUCUCAAUACCAGGAAUGUCCAGGUGAGGGCAGACAAAGAGCAACAUGCUAUGUUUGCAGUUUUUGAUGAAAACAAGAGUUGGUACCUAAAUGAGAACAUCCUCACAUAUUGUGGUGACCCAAAAAAUUUAAAACCAGAUGAUCCAGAGUUCUAUAACUCAAACGUUAUGCACACAAUUAAUGGUUAUGUGUAUGAAAGUGGCCAGGUCCUGGGGUUUUGCAAUGGUGAGAUUGCAACUUGGCAUGUGUCUAGCGUUGGGGAACAAGAUGACAUCCAAACAGCUACAUUUUAUGGACACACAUUUGAACUUAACAAUAGAGAGGAAGACAUUCUCAGUCUGUUUCCCAUGACAGGAGAGACGAUUUCCAUGAACAUGGCUAAUGUUGGAGUUUGGCUAAUGGCAUCACUGAACACACAUGAGACACAAAAAGGAUUAAGAGUGAAGUUUAAGGAUGUUGAAUGCUUCAGGGACUACAUUGUUGAGGAUUUUGAUGAUUCUAACAAUUAUGUACAAGAGAAGUAUGAAGUGUGGAAACCCAAAAACGAGACAGAGUUAAAAACUGAGAAAUCAAACCUAAAUCAAAUCACAAGCUCUGAAAUUGAUUCAGCGUCUGAUGACUAUGCAGCAAUUAUUGGAUUAAGGUCACUGAAAAGCACAGGAGUGAACGAUAUGGAACUGUUAGACCUUUCUAGCUUAGAUACUGAUGAGGACAAGCUGAAUUCUGCUGAUGUGAUCCAAAACAUGGUUGAUGACAACAAUCUUACAACAAAAGCUGUUCAAAAUGAAAGCACAACAGAGUCAACAAUCAGAUUAACUUUGGAAUUGGCACCAGCUAACUCCAUAAUCAAUGGAUCUCAGGGUACCAACACUAAUCCUAGUAACAUCUCACUUCUACAAAAUAUUGAUAGUGAAAUCAUCUUAGAGAACAACCAAAACACAUUAUUAGUAAAAGAAGAGAUAAAGCAAUUGCUAUCAACCCAAACAUCAAGUGACUUAGACACACAGACCCCAGACUUACUGCUGAGCUCUGUGGAGGUGGUAGAUGAAGAUGGCAGGUCAAAUGACAACAUAUUUAUUUACAGUGUACCUACUCUUAACUCUCAGAUUAGUAAUACAGAUAUUGAUAUGAAAGACUUUGUACUACUAAAUCAUGGUGAACAGAUAGAAACAAAUAUCCAUAAGCAUUCAGUUGAGUACAGCAUCUCACCCACAGAGCUUCCUAACAACACCAUUGUGAAACUUCUGGACAAUAGCACCCAAACCACAGGGCUUCAGGAUGGACAAGAAUCAAAUACAAAGAUAAAUUCAGAAUCAUUAUAUGAAAGGAUUCAAUAUUUGAAUAACCCAAAAGUGGUCUUAGAUAUUACACAGAAGACCACUCAAGAACUGAAUAGAACCCAAGUGGAAUACGAUCUUUCAGUGCAGGAAGAUGAAGCAUUAAAUGUUACCAAGGUGGAGUACGAACUUUCAGUGCACGAAGAUAAAGAACUAAAUGGCACUGAGAUGGAAUAUGAACUUUCAGUACAAGGAGAUGGAGUAUUAAAUGACACCAAAGUGGAGAAUAAAUUUUCAGUAAAGGAAGAUAAAGAAUUAAAUUUCACUAAAGUGGAGUAUGAAUUUUCACUGCACGAAGAUAGAGAAUUAAAUGGCACUGAAAUUGAAAAAAAGCUUUCAGUACAGGAAGAUGAAGAAUUAAAUGACACUCAAGUGGAGUAUGAAUUUUCAGUGCAUGAAGAUAAAGAAUUAAAUAGCACUGAAAUUGAGAACAAACAUUCAGUACAGGACGAUGAAGAAUUAAAUGGCACUGAAAUUGAGAACAAGCAUUCAGUACAGGAAGAUGAAGAAUUGAAUAACACUGAAGUGGAGUAUGAAUUUUCAGUGCCCAUAGAUAAAGAAUUAAAUGGCACUGAAAUAGAAAAUGAGCUGUCAGUACAGGAAGAUAAAGAGUUAAAUGGUACCCAAGUGGAUGCUGAAUUUCCAUUUCAGGAAGAAAAAGAAAUAAAUAACACAAAACUGGGCAUAGAAAUGACCCUGGAGGACCUCACACACACAGACAUUGAAGAACCCUACAGCACCAAGAUGGACUCCGACAUUUCCAAUAACAUGCUGAAUGAUUCUCAUGCAUUCUUUGGGAGUCAGAAUUCAGAGAAAAAAAACUUUCCUCAGAAUGUUACAUCCUCUUCAAUAAUUCCUUUCACUAACUAUGCACAUAAUGAGACAGCGAGCCUAAAAGGCAGCAACCUCUACACAUCAUCAGAAGAGCUCAGUUCAGAGAGCCUUGAGAAUACUUCCUUUUCUAGUUCCAUUUUCAACGGUUCAUCUCCAGAAAGUAAAGCCUCCAACACUAAUAUCCUACUAACAAACAGCAGUUCAGAGCAGGUUGUACAAGAUGUUGAAAAUAUUCUUAAUGAAGUGGUAAUUUAUCUAAAGGGCAGCAACAACACUAUGGUCAUUCUCACCACACCCUUGGAUACACAAGCAAAGAACUGGAGUUAUGAAGGGAAACAUGAGUUUGUGCCAAUGGAGUUCCCAGAUCAUAUGAACAAAUAUGUAACAGGCAAGCAACCAAAUAGUGUAGAUGAAGUGAAGAAAAAAAUACAUCUAAAAAGGGUGACACCAAUGAAAGGGUAUGGCAUGAAGACAAGAAAGAGAAAGGAGUACAAACCACAAGCUCGCAGUGACAUCUCUCCACGAGGCUUCUCUCCACGGGGUUUUGCUCCUUCUCAGCUUGCACCAAGGACUACCAAGCCCAACAGUGAAGAAGACAUGAUGCCCAAAGCCAUAGUCAUAGGCAUUCCCAGGAAUGAUUUCAAUGAGUAUGAAAUAUAUGUCCCUCAUGGCCAGGAGGAUACUGAUUUUGAGAACCAAUCUGAUAACAAAGAAGAAUAUGAAUAUGUUGAUUACAGAGACCCAUAUGGCAAACCAGCUCAAGCUGAAACUGAAAUACUUGAUGAAGUAACUAAAUAUUCCUUGCAAAUGGCUGGCAGCAAGUCCAGGGUCUACUUUAUUACUGCUGAAGAAGUUUACUGGGAUUAUGCAGGCUAUGGACAAAGUAGGGAAGAUAAAGCCUCAGCGAAGGAGAGGCCCACACUGUUCAAGAAAGUGCUGUUCAGGUCGUAUUUAGACAGCUCCUUUUCAACCCCAGACACUCGUGGAGAAGUUGAUGAGCAUCUUGGCAUCAUGGGACCAAUCAUUAAGGCUGAAGUUGAUGAAACCAUAUAUGUAGUCUUCAGGAAUCUUGCCAGCCGCUCAUACUCAUUGCAUGCAAAUGGAGUGUCAUAUAGCAAAAAUAUGGAGGGGAUGAUUUAUGAUGAUAGCUCACCUUACUGGUACAAGUAUGAUGAUGAAGUUCAACCCAAUAAAACCUUUACCUAUAUUUGGACAGUAAAUGACAAAGUGGGGCCAUCAAAUGGUGAAUCUGACUGCCGAAUAUGGACUUAUUACUCUGGCGUAAAUCCUGAGAAAGACAUCCAUUCUGGACUGAUUGGGCCUCUUCUUGUUUGUAAGAAGGGCACCCUGGCUAAAACCCCAAAAGAUACGCAAGAAUUUAUGUUACUUUUUAUGACAUUUGAUGAGAACAAGAGUUGGUACUAUGACCAAAACUGGGAGAUUCUCAAGAAAACAAACAGAAGAGCAACCCUGGACCCAAAUUUCAAUAAUAAUAUCAAAUUUCAUGCUAUUAAUGGAAUUAUAUACAGCCUCAAAGGACUCCGCAUGUAUGCUAAUCAGCUGGUAAAUUGGCAUCUUAUAAACAUGGGCUCUCCAAAAGACUUCCACAGUAUUCACUUUCAUGGCCAGACCUUCCUCAUGAAUGACCACCAUCGUCAGGGAGUAUAUCCACUUUUACCAGGGAGUUUUGCAACUCUGCAGAUGUGGCCAUCAAAGCCAGGGCUCUGGAUGUUGGAAUCAGAGGUUGGAAUUUCUCAGCAGAGAGGGAUGCAGACCCUAUUUUUAGUGUUAGACAAUGAAUGUGAUCACUCUCUUGGUCUGAUUUCUGGUGCUGUUAAAGACAGUCAAAUAACAGCAUCCAAUUCUAGAGGCUACUGGCUUCCCAAUUUGGCCAGACUGCACAAUACAGGACAGUACAAUGCAUGGAGUACAAUAAAGCCAGAUGACUGGAUACAGGUAGACUUCCAACGGCCAGUGGUGAUCAGUAAAAUAGCCACACAGGGAGCCAAACAACUCUUCACCUCUCAUUAUGUUCUGAACUACACAAUCUUCUACAGCACAGACCGCAAAAGGUGGAAUUGGUACAAGGGAGACAGCAAAACUUCGAGAAAGACAUUUGAAGGUAAUAGGGAAGCCCAUGGAGUGAAGGAGAAUAUAUUCUUUCCACCUAUUAUUAGCCGUUAUGUGCGGCUUUACCCUUCACAUUCAUAUAAUUAUCCAACAGUUCGCAUGGAGUUCUAUGGAUGUGAGUUAGAUGGGUGUUCUGUACCCUUGGGAAUGCAGAGUGGAUAUAUAAAUGAUCAUCAGAUCACAGCCAGUUCUGCUGCUUCCAACUGGUAUUCUGGCUCAUGGCACCCUUGGUUGGCACGUCUUGAUAAACAAGGAUCACUCAAUGCUUGGCAAGCCAAGAGUACUGACAAUCAUCCAUGGAUCCAGAUAGAAAUAAAGGAAGUCAAGAAGAUCACCGGAAUUGUUACCCAGGGAGCAAAGUCGAUGAAUACUGAGAUGUUUGUAACUGCUUAUGUUUUAGAGUACAGUGAUGAUGGCAAGAAAUGGAAGAAGUACUCGGAUAACGAGGACUAUGAAAUAAAGACAUUCAUGGGAAACUCUGAUAACAACAGCCAUGUGAAAAAUUAUAUCUACCCUCCAAUAUUCUCCAGAUUUAUCAGAAUUUUUCCUACAAAAUGGCAGAAGGCUGCCACCAUGAGGGUAGAACUACUGGGAUGUGAUUUUGAAUAAUGACCAUUUAUCUGUUUUAUCAUUCUGUACUAGUCCACACAUUUUGGAUAUUCCAUUUCUAUAUUUGUAUCUAAUUUUUUUUGACUGAUUAUUGUGUAUUAAUGUUCUCUAAACUGUGUUCCUGAGACCCUGCAGGUAUGUGACACAUAGCCAUAGGGUGAUUAUAGUUACAGUGUGGUGGAACUCACAUCUGUACAUUUUUUGCAUUCACUGAGUUCUUAUAUUUAUUAGCCCAUUGCACUGUUUACUUAAACAGAAUGAAACGAUCUCUCUCAACUAAUUUGUUUCUAACAAACAAUCAAUUAGUUAAGUCACUGAUUUUAUUUGUGUUAAGAAUACUAUGAGAAUAUAUAUAUUAAAGUUACUCUCAAUGUC